GAUUUAAUCCGACAAAGUGAAUAAAAUUGAUGAACCAAACUACCCCAUCAAACCAUUCUGGUUAUGAGGCAUAUACAAUAAUAUGCAGUGGAGCUAUACAUGUCAUUCCAUUGUGCAAUGAAUGCAAAGUUUCUAUCUACGUUGCAUCAUUAUUAGUAGUUCUUUUAAUUAUACCAACAGUUUUUUUAAAUUUGAUUGCAUUUGUUGUUAUUGUUAAAACAAAAAAGCUGUUUACACCAUCAAAUGUAUUAAUUGCAAGUACUGCAGUAUGUGAUUUUCUAAGUGCCAUUAUUAGCAUGCUCCUUUGGAUUUUAACUUGGUUAUUUGGUCUGCAAAAAAAACAUUACUGCGUAAUAUAUUUAUCUGCUGUGUUUGCUUCUCAUGCUUUGUCUUUUUUAUCGUUUCUACUAGUGAAUAUUAUUUCACUUGACCGAUAUUUAGCUCUGUUUAAACCGUUUUUUUACAAACACCGAGUAAGUGGAAACCUAAUAUACUACGUUCCUAUAAUGGUAGCGUUAUCCUUUGUGGUACUAAUUCUAAACGUAGCAAGUUUUGUAACUCCUGAAAAACAAAUAUUUCAAGAUAUAAUAUUAGUAUCUUUACCACCUUUCAUGCUUCACGGUGUUUAUUCUCAUUUUAAAAUUUUAUAUAAAGUGAAAAAUAUAUCAAGAAAAAAUACGAGAAAACGAAGUAUAAGUAGCUGUUCGCUACCAACGUCCAACAGUGAAAAUAAAAAUAACUUCAUUCUAUCUACAGUUUCUUGUUUGAUUAAUUCAAAUGCAGUAAUAUGUUCUGUUUUUCAUAAAAAAAAAUGUUCUCAUUUUGAGUUACCAAGUGAAAUGAAAAACAGCAAGGAAAAGUUAAAGCAAAUUAACAUAAGUUACUUGACGUUUUUUUUAUUAGCGUCUUUUUACCUCUGCUACACUCCUUAUGUAAUUGUUACGGCUACGCGGAGGAUUAAUCCAAGUAUUAAAAAGGUUCAAUGGAUACAUGUAGCUUUUAUAUGGUCAUACCCAAUGAUAUGUAUAAAAUCGCUAGUAAAUCCUAUUUUAUAUUGUUAUCGAGUCAGAUUAAUCAAGGAACAGGUAAAAAGACAAACUUUAAAAAUUAAAAUA